GUCGGGUAUAGGGAUGUAAGUGGGGGACUGAAAUGGCUGCCGAAAAGAAGCCGGAAGAUGAUCAUGGGAACAGCAAUGGCAGUCAUGUGAAAAUAUUUUUGCCCAAGAAGUUACUCGAAUGUCUACCGAAAUGUUCUGCUUUACCAAAGGAGCGACACCGCUGGAACACAAAUGAGGAAAUUGCAGCUUAUUUAAUAACAUUCGAGAAACACGAGGAAUGGUUAACAACAUCCCCUAAAACUAGGCCCCAGAAUGGUUCCAUGAUCCUAUACAACAGGAAGAAGGUGAAAUACAGAAAGGAUGGUUACUGCUGGAAGAAACGGAAAGAUGGGAAAACUACUCGGGAGGAUCACAUGAAGUUGAAGGUGCAAGGUGUAGAGUGUCUAUAUGGCUGCUACGUCCAUUCCUCUAUUAUCCCCACUUUCCAUCGGAGGUGCUAUUGGCUUCUUCAGAAUCCUGACAUCGUAUUGGUCCAUUACCUGAACGUGCCAGCCAUAGAAGACUGUGGGAAGCCAUGUGGUCCGAUACUGUGCUCCAUCAACACCGACAAAAAAGAGUGGGCCAAAUGGUCAAAAGAGGAGCUGAUCAGCCAACUUAAACCCAUGUUUCACGGCAUCAAGUGGACCUGCAGUAAUGGGAACACCAGCGCUGGUUUCUCGGUGGAGCAGCUCGUUCAGCAGAUCCUGGACAGCCAUCAGACCAAGCCGCAGCCUCGCACCCACAACUGCCUGUGCACCGGCAAUUUGGGUGCCGGGAGCAGCGUUCACCACAAGUGCAACAGUGCCAAACACCGCAUCAUAUCACCAAAGGUGGAGCCACGAACCGGCACCUACAGCAACCACCCUGAAGUCCAGAACAAUGAUGUUUCCGAAGGCAAGAAUGACCAUGGACACGGCAAGGCCUCAAGCCGUGAAAAGCGGAAUGGGAAGUUGGCCAAGCCUGUCCUGUUGCACCAGAACAGCACUGAGGUCUCCUCCACCAAUCAGGUGGAGGUGCCUGACACCACCCAGAACUCCCCAGUCUCCAUCAGCAGUGGCCUAAACAGCGAAACAGACAUGGCCGACAGCCCAGCCAUCACUGGUGUCUCCAGCAUGGCGGUGGCCUCCGUCAUGUGCAGUCUAUCCCAGAAUGCCACUGUCUUCAUGUCAGAGGUGACCAAUGAGGCAGUGUAUACCAUGUCUCCCAGUGCAGGGCCUGGCCAGCACCUCAUUGCCUCAGACACUGGGGCCCAAGGACUGGUCUUGGCUGUCAACUCGGAUGGGCACAAGUUUGCCUUCGCCUCCUCAGCAGCCACUGGCAACCCUGAUGGCUUGUCCAUAAUGUCGGCCGGUGUAGCAGAGGACUUGGUGCUUUCCUCCACCCUGGAGAGCAGUGAGAAGAUUCCAGAGGCCAACAUGAACUUUGAUCCUGACUGCUUCCUCAAUAAUCCCAAACAAGGCCAAACCUAUGGAGGAGGGGCGCUAAAAAAUGACACCAGCAGUGGCAACUCACGACAGUCACCAGGCAACGAGGGCGGCUACUGCUUCAGUGGACCCUUGGUGAAGGAGAUCAAGACUGAGGAUAACUCUUUUGAGCAGCAGAUGUCCAAGGAAGGAUUCCAAACCAGUUCCACCCCUGCCUCCAUCUCUUUGACCCCUGGUUCAGCUUUGCUGUCAUCUGGGGGCCUCAGUCCCAGCACCACACUGGAGCAAAUGGACUUCAGUGCUAUCGACUCCAGCAAGGACUUCUCUUCAGGUUACACACAGAAUGUCCAGAGCCCACACGUUCACCAGAACCCCUCUCCCAGCUUCUUCCUUCAGGAGGCCAACAAGGCCCAUCAGCUUGAGCCCAGCACACACAGCAAUGGCCUGAAUGAUGGUGGAGGCCCUUUCAGCAGCAACUUGGGAUUAGCCAACGUCAAGACGGAGUCACCCACGCAGGCUGCAUCUAGCUGCAAUGGUCCUGUGCAGCAGGGACGCAUGGAGGCCACCCCUUCCCUGCAGUUGCUGCAGUUCCAGGCUAACUUCCAGCCCAUUGCGGCUGAGGCAGAGGUCCCCAUGGAAACAGCAGCUCAGUCAGAGGGAGGUGAGGGCCUCUUGAAGUCUGCCGAACUGCCGGCCUGUAGCACUGAGCACUACAUCCAGGCAGAGGCCGGGGGCAACGGGCUGCCCAUCCUCCAGGGCAACAUGGUAUCAGGGCUGUACCCAGUGGCCCACCACAGUCUUGGACCCUCAGCUAACAUGGAGCUCAACCUGGACCACUUUGAUAUCUCCUUCAGCAAUCAGUUCUCAGACCUGAUCAACGACUUCAUAUCCGUGGAGGGUGGCGCCAGCACACUGUAUGGGCAUCAACUGGUGACUAGCGAGACGGGUGCUGGGGGCACUCUGCAGCAGUCAGAAGAAGAGAGAGCCAGAGUGGCCACCUUCAGCCAGGCGGAGAUCUGUAUCCCUUGCUGCAGUCCCCAGCAGCAGCAGCCACAGCAACAGCAGCAACAACAGGGUCUGCAGCUCAAUGGAGGGGAGAACGGGGGCAACUCCAUGACCUACAUGCACGUGUCUGAGGUGGUCUCAGCCCAGGGGGCACUGGGGUCCUUGCAACAGAGUGGACGCUUGUUCAUGGUGACGGAUUAUUCCCCAGAGUGGUCUUACCCUGAGGGAGGAGUGAAGGUGCUGAUCACGGGACCAUGGCAGGAAGCCAGCAGUAAUUACAGUUGCCUGUUUGACCAGAUUUCAGUGCCUGCAUCUCUUAUUCAGCCCGGUGUUCUUAGAUGUUAUUGCCCAGCCCACGACACUGGCCUUGUGACACUGCAGGUGGCCUUCAAUAGUCAAAUCAUCUCCAAUUCUGUCGUUUUUGAGUACAAAGCCAGGGCCUUGCCAACUCUUCCUACGUCCCAGCACGACUGGCUGUCGUUGGAUGACAACCAGUUCAGGAUGUCCAUCUUGGAGCGCCUGGAGCAGAUGGAAAGGCGGAUGUCGGAGAUGGGAUCUCACCAGCACCACCAGCAGACUGGAGGGGGAGGGUUAGGAGGAGGAAAUGGAGGAGGAGGUGGCAACAGCCAGGCACAGUGUGCAUCCAGAGUGGCCAGCUGCUCCUUUGAGAACCGUGUGGUGUUGGUGUGUGAGAAGAUGAUGAGUCGCGCCUGCUGGGUCAAAUCCAAACACCUCAUCCAUUCCAAGACUUUUCGAGGAAUGACUCUCCUGCACCUGGCAGCUGCCCAGGGCUAUGCCACACUGAUCCAGACACUCAUCAAAUGGCGUGCAAAACAUGCAGAUAGUAUUGACCUGGAACUGGAGGUAGAUCCAUUAAAUGUUGAUCAUUUCUCCUGCACACCCCUGAUGUGGGCUUGUGCACUGGGGCAUACUGAAGCAGCUGUUGUUCUGUACAAGUGGGACCACCGAGCUCUCUCCAUCCCUGAUUCAUUGGGUCGUUUGCCCCUGACAAUCGCCCGCUCACGAGGGCAUGUGAAACUAGCAGAGUAUCUGGAAGGUUUACAGAGGGAGGAUGAGUCACAGCUUCCCAGUCUUCCCCAAACACCUGCAGUGGUUUGCUCUCCUAAUGCAAAGGCAGGAAAUGAUGGCUGGAUUGGACAGUGGAACAAUGGCAGUAACAGCAACCAGGAAUCCCCGAAGAAUGUCAGCACAUCUCCUACCACAGAUCUCAGGCGACCGAGAUCGGAAUCCUUGCACUGCCAUGGUAAUGACAGCCAAAAGGACCUCCCAGCUUCCAAGAAACACAAGCUAAAUACAGAACACUUCCAAUCCAGGCAAGACAAAUCAUCUCCUCCACCACUAAAUCUGGAGCAAAAGAUCACAGCUAAACUGAGCUCCAGCCCGAAGCAAACACCUCCUGAUGCAAUUGAUUCCAAAAAAGAGAGGAAUAGUCCCAGGGAAUCUUCUCAACAUACCUCAGAAUUCCCUUUGCUCCUUACCACUGGAUGCAGGAAUGUUGGAAAUCAGACCAGUCCAAAGUGGAGCCAGAAGGAGAUUUAUGUCAGUGUGGCAGCGCAGACUACAACGGGCCAGCCUGUAGUGAUAAGGAAGGUCUCGGGUCUCAACGCUGGGUCCAUUGCUCAUAGGAUACAACAGAAGCAAGACAUCAGUGUUCUAAUGUUAUCAGAAAGGGAGAUGAUGGAUGCAGAGCUACUAUCAUACAAGGAGAAUGAGGAAUGUUUCCAGCAUAUGGAUGAUUUGCAGGCUAAUAUGAUGUCUUUGGCCGAACAGAUCAUUGAAGCUACACCAGACAGGAUUAAACGGGAGAAUUUCAUCCCUAUGGAAUUUCCAUUGUCGGAGCAAGGGGACAUGCCCAGUGUAAACACCACCUUGAGCUGGUUGGCCAGUUACCUGGCAGAUGUGGACCAUUUACCCAGCUUAUCUCAGCUUCGGUCUUUGUACAGCGAGCCCCUGACUCCUCCCUCUAACGCAAGCCAAAGCCCGGCCUCGUCACCAAACAGCGAGGUUAAUUUUGAGAAACCCACACUCCCUUCAGCAGCCGAUUGGUCGGAGUUCCUGAGUGCGUCGACCAGUAAAAAAAUGGAGAACGAAUUUGCCCAGCUGACCUUGUCAGACCAUGAACAGAGAGAGCUGUACGAGGCUGCCAAGUUGGUGCAAACCGCCUUCCGGAAAUACAAGGGACGUCCUUUCAGGGAACAACAAGAAAUGGCUGCUGCUGUCAUUCAGCGCUGCUACAGAAAAUAUAAACAGCUUACAUGGAUAGCCUUGAAGUAUGCACUUUACAAAAAGAUGACGCUGGCCGCCAUCCUGAUUCAGAGCAAAUUCCGCAGUUAUUAUGAGCAGAAGAAGUUUCAGCAGAGUCGGCGGGCAGCUGUCCUCAUCCAGCAGUAUUAUCGCAGCUACAAGGAGUACGGAAAAAUGAGGCAAAAGCGAAGGACAACUGCCAUGGUCCAACAGAAAAUUAGGAGCAGUCUGCUGACUAAGAAACAGGAUCAAGCGGCACGGAAGAUUAUGAGAUUUUUGCGCCGUUGUCGCCACAGCCCCCUGGUGGACCGUAGACUGUACAAAAGGCGCACUGGGAGGAAAGAGAACCACAUUUGCUGGAGUCUUAGAGCUGAACCCUUACAUACGCGGAGGGAGAGUGAAAGAAUUGAGAAAGGCCAAGGAACCUGAAGAUUUACAGAAGCACCCCAUAGCAAUGUAACAUUGCUUCCUGACUGUUUUCUUUACGUUUAUAUCAGAGACAUUUACAAAAGAUCACUAGAGAUUUGGGAAGAUUAGCAACACUCUCAUCGCAACAAGGCUCUAGAAACUUUUUUUCUCUCGACCACAUCGGCACUUUUAUGGAACUUUUUUUAAAGAAAACAAAACAAGGCGCCAUAGAACUUGCAAUUUAUUGUUUUAAGAACUUGAAACUAACUUGUAGAAUGAAAUAACCUCUUUACCAGCCUGGUGCGUAGUACUGUAAACUUGUGUAAAGGUUUGCAACACAAAAAAGGGGUUUAUUUUCAGGAAUAAGCAAAUGUAUGUAGAGAAAUCAAACAAAGAGUGAAGAAAAGCAGGUGAGUGAACUGAGGGGAGUAUUAGAAUGACUGAGAGGGUGAUGCACAGCUUAUGUGGACGAAUAGCCUGAGGCAGGAAGUGACAGAUAUCGCAUGUGCCACUUGUUGGGCGUGAUCAUAUCCACACUCUGCUGAUAGGAACUGGUCCAAUAAAAGGCAUACAGCUUCCUUCUUUGACCUACCUCCCUACUUUUAUAAAGAGCUGCUAUCAGUCAACGUGCUGCAACAAUAUUAUUGAUAGUCCAAACUUGGGUUUUUAGGAAAGAGGAGAGCGAUGUUUAAUGUCAGUUGCCAAAAUACUGGGGGGAAGCCAGCAGGCUGUGUUAUAAUUAUUCUAUUAAGUGGAUUUUGUGUUCAUUUCUGGGUGAGUUGGUCAUUUUCCUUCCCUCCACCCCAAACCCAGGUCUGUCUUCUUUAUCUCCUGAAUGGGACACCCAGAAAUUACAGUCCUAAUAACCUUUGAAGGACUAACAGUAGUUUAUUGGGGCCAGAAGUACAGAGCAAUAUGAGGCUAUGACUUUUUUUUAGUACAUUUGGGCAAUGUUAUGGAUUCUUACUAGAUGUGUUUUAUUGUGAGAUUUGAAUUUUCACCAUCAGUAUUGCAAAAUCAGUCAGUAUUUCAAUUGUUGAUGAAAAUAUACUUGGUUGGAGAAAAUCAGACACUGCAGACACUAAUGGUCUCUGAUUUCCAGAACCUCAUCAUUUAAGAGGUGCCUGUUACUGAGCAAUAAGACAGAACACUGGGCAGAAUCAAUGUGCUAGGGAAUGUUUGAGUAUGCUGGAGCUUGCUUGAUGAGCAUGCUUGCAACUUUAAGCUACUGUCAGUCUAAUAGGGCUGAACUUUUGGACUCCGCUGUGGCUAGGACAAAAGGCAGCAGAGUCUUGGAAAGCCACUACUGGCUGCAUAUCAGUUUCCCAGUACCAAGUCGUUUUAGUGAAAACAGAAUUGGGACUAGCAGGGCUAUACACACUUCCUUUGCACCAGAUUGUCUCUUAGGCCCAACUAAGAGACUUGUGUUCAAUUAAAGGAGGCCAAUUUGGAAAUUUCCAAUUUCCUGCACUGACAGGGGCCAGUUUGAAUGCAUGAAGGUGGGCACCUUGCGGCAGAUUUGGGGGCCUGUGCUCCAGGUAUGCCAAGAGCAUCUCCCUGUCAUAUGCAGCCUGGUAAAGGCAUUCGCUCCCCCAGUAUCCCCAGACAUUGGUGGCCAGACUGCAAAGAAAACUGUUAUAAAUAAAGACUGAAAGAAAAUUGGUGAACACCUGCAUGUUGAAACACAUUCUUUGUUACUUAACUUCCUUCUGCAGUUACUGCACCUUUCAAGCUGGAAGGCCUCUGGUUCUACAGCUUCAAGAGUUCAGCUGCCUUCCUUAAUUGGGGCUUUAGGACUUUUUGUUACCUGUGCUACUCUGAACCACACCAGUGUCCAGGUAAUCAUUAGUCUAUGUGAAUGCUGGAGAUCCCAGAACAGUACGAGGACAUUUUUUUUGUAUUCACUCGUGGGACAUGAAUGUCACAGGC